CGCACUGGCCCAUUGCCAAUUUGCCAUUGUCAAAAUUUUCUCGAUCUCUCGUUUUUUCUACUACUAUCUAUAUACUAAUAAUGCAAGAAACAUGUCCCAUUUUUGUUCAAAAGAAAGUUAUCAAAAGUUGUAGUGGUGAUCUUCAUCGUUAUCUUGAUAUUACAGCAGUUUUACCUCAUCUCUAUGCAAAAGAGCUGCUUUCUGAUGAAGAGUUUGACGUUCUCUCUAGUAAUUACCUCACUCGUCAAUAUAAAAUCAAUGCGCUAAUUAAAGGGUUACCUUUAAAAGGAUCAACAUUCUUGGAUGAUUUUCUUCAAUGUCUUCACAAAUCAACAGAUGGAACUGGGCACAAGGAGCUUUUUAAUAAAAUUAUGUAUGCAUCUUAUAAGGCGUCUGUGUAUGAAAAAAUCAGGGGUUACAUAAAGAAGGUAUGCAGGUGCUUUUGUAUCAUUAUCCUUUUAAUCGUCCUGUUAAUUUUUACUCUUUUUUGUGCAUUGAUCCUUUUUUUGAAUAUUGGAAGACUAAGUUAUUUUGGAACUCAACAAGAAGACUUAAAAAUGCCUCCACUAUCAGACCUUCCAAAGUAUUAUUCAACAAAAUUACCAAAAGAGCAGAUUUAUUUCGUAGGAAGAAACAUUGAGUUAAAGGAAUUAACAAUGCACUUGGAUUUCAAUAAAUCAAAUACGAGAAUUAUUGGCAUAUUUGGAGGACCAGGAAUAGGAAAAUCAACAUUGGCUAUUAAAGCAGGUCAUAAAGUUUCAAAAAUUAAUGUUACUGUCGAAUAUUUUGAUUUAUCUGAAGUUUUAUACAUUCCACACCUUCUUCAUAAAAUUUUGGGUGGCACAACAAAUAGUACGCAACAUUCAGUUAUGAUAGAGGAAUUAAAAUGCUUGGCUGCAGAAUCCACUGUACCAAAGCUAUUAAUUUUUGAUGGAUGUGAUAAUUUUUUUGAUAACAAUCAAAAAGGAGUGAUACAGAAAGUGUUUGACAUUUUAAUCAAAUUCUCAAGCCAAAUUAAAAUUAUUUUCACAAGCAAGCAUAUGGCAACAUUUCUAAGCCAUUUUAAAUCAAUAACACUUGAAGAAUUAAGUGUAAAACAUGCCACUGAACUUUUGAAAAAACUAAAUUCUAAGUUAACUGAAAAAGAUGCUGAAACAAUUGCUGAUGCUGUUGGAAAUAUACCACUUGCGCUUCAAAUUGUCGGGGCACUUUUAGAAACAAACACCAUUUCACCAGAGGCUAUCAUUACUGGAAUUGCUACCAACCCUCUAAAUAUUCUUAGUCCGGAAACAUUACCUGAAUUUCAUCAAGUCCAAACAUCACUUCAAGUUUCAUAUAAUAAUUUAAAUGAUGAGUAUAUUCAGAGAUGUGCUCGGUUUUUAGCUAACUUUCCAGGUUCCUUUCGCCAAGAUGCUGCUAUAAGUGUCCUUACAUACAUGGCCAAUGAAACAUAUUUUUAUGUUGAAGUUUUCAGUAUACUAGAAAUAUAUCACAACUGGCUACCAAGUCCAUUAAAGUGCUUGGAAACCUUGGUAAAUAGAUCUUUGCUAAAGUAUCAUUCUAAUUCAAACCGCUAUUCAUUUCACAAACUUGUUAAAAUGUUUCUCAUGACUAUACAAUUUGAGCAGAAGAUUGUGAAUCAAUUUAAAAGCGGUUUCGCCAAAUAUUUCGCUGAAUAUUGGAAUUCUUUUCACAUUUCUGCACAUAAAGGUCAAUACGAUCCAAAAAUUAUAGCAGCACUUGAUUUGGAAAGGCAUAAUUUUGAAUUUAUGGAGGAAAUUUUACCAGAGUUUGGGUCAGAUAUGUCUUACGUUAGUCAAUACACAGAAUCAGCUGAGUUGUAUGCAUCAUAUAGUGACUCACUUAUGGACUACUUCAACCACGUUAAAAAAAGCAAGACUGCUAACGCUGUUGUAAAAGUUGAUAAAAAGAUAGAUUUACUUAUGGAUCGUCGUCAAAAAAUUGCGAUGCUGCUAGAUCUUCAUAGCAAAGUAGUUAUUGCAGACAAAGGGCCUCAACGUUAUGUUGAACUUUUUGUUGAAAUGAUUAUCCAAGUAAGUAUUGUCGAGGACUACUUAGGCAAAGCAAAAGAAGCACUUGAGUAUUUAAAAUCACGUAAACCAAGAAUCAAGACUUUGCAUAAAAAUUAUGGUACUCAAGUAGAAAAAUCUGUAGAAAAAUAUUUUAAUCAAGUUCAAAAAUUUUCUCUUGAAGUUGGGGAUAUUGACACAUUGAUGGAAGCAUUACAAGUGAAAACUGGACUUUCAUGGCCAAUUGAAAAAUGUUCUGAAAUCCGAUGUGGUAAUUUCAAAAAGGGUCGAGCUUAUUUUGGUGCACAAAAUUACAAAAAGGCUGUCAAGCAUUAUGAAACGUACAUUAAUCUCAAUAAAAAUAUUCCUGAGCAUGAAUAUCUUUAUGUUAUUGUGAUGCUAUACUACUGCCAUCAUUUUAAUGGAGACCAGCAAAAAGCCACUGAUAUUGCUAAACUUCUCGAUGAAAAGGCAACAAAAGAUAGAUUAUGGGAUUUAAUUGUUGAUGAAAAGAAUUACAAAAAGGUUGAAAUUAUUUACCUUUUUUAUGGAAAGGUGAGACCAGGAACGCCCGAGCAUUCGUUAUUGUCACUGAAGUUAGAAGCUCACCAUCAUCCUGUUAUUAAAUUUACUUAUGUAAAAUGACAUGUGAUCAUUAUCAUUGAUAUUAAUAGUAAUUUAAAAUUAAAAAAUAAUCUUUUUUUAAAAGUGAAGCUACAAAUACAUGUAGUUUAGUGCAAAUUAGAUCUAAAGGACAUUAAGUAUUAGUUGUACUAAUUUUGUC